AUGCAUCUUCUCUCACACAAUGCGGAACAUAAGCUCGAUGUUCUCCACCAGUUCAUACGAGCCAAUUCUUUAGGCGUCGUGACCACGGCCAUUCGAUGCCCACCGUUUCCCCUUUUACAAGCAAGUCAUAUCCCCUGGGUUAUCGACAUUGUUGAAGAAGAUGUCGGUAGCUUGUAUGGGAGACUGCGCGGACACAUGGCAAGACAAAACCCUCAGGCCAAAUCCAUUAUCGAGUAUGUAUCUCAAUUCGGAUCAGACAGCAAUGAAAUUUGGCUUCCAGAAGACGUACUUGUCAUGUUCAAUGGCCUGAUGCAUCACUACAUAACCCCAAAGUUCCACAAGGAGACGAAGCCCAACACGGGAAAGGUUGUCCCAACAUGGGAUUACGACGCUGUCCAGGUCUAUGGGAAGGCAAGAGUUUACAUUGACAUGCAAUCCGACACGGCGAUCAUGGGCUACGAAUCGAGCGAUAAACCUGAAACGCGCGCCUGGAAAGUCUCCGAUGCACCAGCUCGGUACAUCGAUCUCCUGACAAAGAAUUUGAUUGGAAUCGAGAUUAAGAUAACUUGCAUGGACGGGAGGAUCAGCUAG